AUGUGGCAUGAAGCACGACGACAAGAGAAAUUAAUACGAUCGCAAAUGAUUGAUAGCGUCAAAAGAAAUGAAAGACGGAAACAGUUCUACGAGAAUGUUAGAAAAGAUCCUGAGCAAUUCAUGCAAGUCCAUGGCCGCAAAUGCCAAAUACACAUGGAUCCGGCAGUAGCACGUGCUGCCGAAGCAUCAAGCAUCCUGAGGCGAUGGCAAGGUGAUCCAAAUAUAUUGAUUGAUCGCUUUGAUGUUCGAGCACAUAUGGAUUAUAUUCCCGAAACAAAGUCAGAUGAUAUUAAUAAGAGAUCCGCGGUAGAUGUGGAGGAAUUGCAAUGUGAAUAUGAGAGGUAUCGAAUCCUUGUACUCAAUGAAUUUGAUAGAGUGUCGGAGAAAACUUUCUUGAAAGAAAUAGCUGCGAAAGAAUUCUGGCCAGAUGAAUCCACUUCAACAUCACUUGCACGUACUGAGCAAGAAAAGAAAAGAUUGCUGCGGGACAGAAAAGCUGCUGUAGCGUUUACAUAUGGUGACACGCAAACGGUACAAGGUAAAAGUGUGGAAACGGAUGAUUCUGAUGACGAAGAUGAAAUUGUUGAUUCUGAUGAGUUUGACUUGAAAUUGGACAUAGACACAUUGGAUGCUGAGCAAAGGCGCAAUUUAAAUAAAUUGGGUAUUCGCUAUGGCAUAAAUUCGGGUGCAUUCUCGAGUUUAUUAAAAAUGGAUCGUCGUGAACAAGAUGAAACGCAUCAGCUGAAAGAAAUUGAAAAGGCCAAACUAGCACUCGCUGGUCGACAAGCGAAAGCUGAAAGAGCCGUUUUGAAAAAGAAACGUGCGCUGAUCGUUGGUAAAGGUUGUUUAAAUGAAGAAGCCACAACUACUUUGCUAUCAUUCGUUACUAAAAGUCAGAAAGAACAUUUGGAAACAUCAUCAUCUUCAUCGACAGAGGAAGAUGAGGGAAGAACAGAAUUUAUAACAACCUUCGGCGGUGAUGGUGCCGAAGAUAAGGAUGAGGAGCGUGAUGAUGAUGACGAUGGUGGAGCGAAAAUGCACGGUCCAGCUUUACCAUCUGCAGAGUUCCGGCGUAUUUUUGAAUUAAAAACCCGUCGUUCAUCAAGUCCGGAAGAUUUCGGGAAUGUUUCAAGACCUCGCGUGCGUAGUAGAUCUCCUGGUCGGAAACGUUUUUUACGUUCUAGUCGUGAACGUACUCUAAGGUCAAGAAGCCGCGAGAGAUUACAUCGUUCUAGAAGUCGGGAACGGCGCGAUCGAUCGAGGAGUUCAAGUAAUGGAAAGAGACGAAGACGAAGCAGAGAUCAAGUGCGAAGCCAUAGUGGUGAAGAUGACCGGCGGUCCGAGCAUGGUCGUUCAGGAAGCAGAGAUAGAAGGCGGGAAGAAAUGAAGAUGAAACAGAGUCGUAGGAGGAGCAGUAGCAGUGAAAGCGGUCGUAGCCGCCGUAGACGACGUGCAGGAGAGGGAAACGGGAGUUCGAAGAGAUUCAGUGAUAAAAAACGUCAGAAACGUCGAAGAAAAUGUUCAUCAUCAAGUAAUACUAGUCGCACACCACCGCCGUCAUCUCCACAAGAGAGAAAGAGCACAGGUUCGGUUCUUUCACCAAGUCGGAGUAAUGGUGACACUUCACCUUUAGAAAUUCGUUCAAGUAUGAGUGAAUCAGAGAAGGAACGUAUUGAAGUGGAAAACCGGCGUCGACGAAUACGUCGAACGGCAAAAAUGCAUAGGCAACAGUAUGGUAGUAAUCGUCAUGAUCGAUCAUCAGAAGAUGAAGCAGAACGCAAAGCUGCGCUUGCUCAUAAACUUCGUACGCAGAUGCAGCGAGUGUUACGUAAAACGGCGGAACAGUUAAAGGAAGAAGAAAGGCAGAAGCAUGAAGAACAUGAAAAAGAAAGAAGAUUACGUGAGGAAAGAUUAUUCGAAGAAUCACUGGAAAUCAGGAGACGGGAACGUGAAAAACGUCGACGUGAACGUCGCGGUCGUAGUAGAAGUAGUUCAGCAUCGUCAAAUUAG